CCACCGAAAGAGGCGGGAGAGGUGGGCGGGGCGCAGGGAGGGACGGAGACCUCCGCAGCGUGCGAGCGCCACCGCCCCCUCCACCCGGGGCCAGCGGCUGGUCCUGGCCACCGGUCCUCCACGCCUUCCCCGCGGGACUUCUUUAGAAUUGGGGUGCGGGUGAUUUCCCAGCCAGGGCGGUCUGGGGCACUCUCCAAGAGGGGACCGCCCCCAAGUCCCCUCAGAGUCUCUCGGGUAGGGUCCUCAGGGCUGGGAGCCUGGAGGAAGCAAACUUGCCAGGUGGAAGCGCGCAGCCGCCGCGCCAAAGAGUUACGGGCGUGCGAGCCUCCCCAACCCCGAGUCUCCCUCUCCCUCCUCCCCAGUCCCGGGAGCUAAAGGCGCAGCCGGGACAGCCCGGAGGGUCACAGGUGGAGGCAACCCCUUGGGCGCUGGGUGCGUGGGCCGCGCUGGGUCCCCAGGGACCCGGGCUGGGGGGUGGGGUCUGGAGCGCAGGCCCGAGAAGUGGGAGGGGACAGGUUGGGGGGUGGUCUCUGAGGAGGAGCCAGGCUGGGCUGUAUUGUUCGGCACUCCGCCGGCCCCAGCGCGCGGAGCUGGCCGGUUAGGGCGCGCGGGGCUUGGGGCGCCCGUCUUCCCGUGUUCGCCUCACUGCCGGCGCCCCGAGAAGAGAUCCGGGCUCCUCAACGCAUCCCGAAUCGCCUCUUCCCCGCUCGCCCGGGCCGGAGGGGGCCCGUUCAGGUGGGGUGCGCGUCUUCCGAGGUAGCGUGAGGAAGGGCGGCGCUCCGCGCCCGUGGGGCUGGGACUGCCCCAUAGGAGGAACGGGGGUCCCAAGUGGGCGCCCACGCGGCGCCCGCUGGGUCCGUGGACUGGGCUGCCGAGUGGGCGGCGCUGGAGUGAGGGUCCCCCACCUCACGCUGUCGCACCCCGUGCCCUCCGCAGGAGCCCGGGGCCCCCGCCCCCCGCGAUGACCCCGAGACGAAGCCUCAGGGAGCGCGGGUGCCCGGACUCCCCUCCCUAGCACACGCGGCUUCCUCCUCGCCGCCCGCCCUACGGCAGGAUGGGGGGCAGCGGGUCGGCGCUGAGGGUCUGCGCCGAGCACCGUGGGGGUAUCAACUGGCUGAGCCUGAGCCCCGACGGGCAGCGCCUGCUGACGGGCAGCGAGGACGGCACGGCCCGGCUCUGGAGCACCGCGGACGGCCGGUGCUGCGCCCUCCUGCAAGGACACGAGAGCUACGUGACCUUCUGCCAGCUGGAGAACGAGGCGGCCUUCACGUGCAGCGCUGACCGCACCAUCAGGAAGUGGGACGUGCUGACCGGGCGCUGCCUGCAGGUGUUCCGAGGGCACACAUCCAGCGUGAACAGGAUCCUCGUCGCCAACAACCAGCUCUUCAGCAGCUCCUACGACCGGACAGCUCGCGCCUGGAGCGUGGACAAGGGGCAGGUGGCCCGGGAGUUCCGGGGCCACCGCAACUGUGUGCUGACCCUGGCCUACUCCGCGCCCUGGGACCUCCCCGGGGCUCCCUUCGAGGAGGAGGCCGUGGCCGGGGUGCUGGUGACCGGCAGCACGGACGGCACGGCCAAGGUAUGGCAGGUGGCCAGCGGCUGCUGCCACCAGACGCUGCGGGGCCACACGGGGGCCGUGCUGUGCCUCGUGCUGGACACGCCCAGACACACGGCCUUCACGGGCAGCACGGACGCCACCGUCCGCGCCUGGGACAUCCUGAGCGGGGCGCAGCUGCGGGUGUUCCGGGAGCACCGCGGCUCCGUCAUCUGUCUGGAGCUCGUGAACCGGCACGUAUACUCGGGCAGCGCGGACAGGACCGUCAAGUGCUGGCUGGUGGACACAGGAGAGCGUGUGCGCACGUUCGCAGCCCACAGACACAGCGUGAGCGCCCUCAAGUACCACGCGGGCACCUUGUUCACGGGCAGCGGGGACGCCCGCGCGCGCGCCUUCGACGCCGAGUCCGGAGCGCUGCAGAGGGUGUUCCGCGGCCACGCCUUCAUCAUCAACUGCAUCCAGGUGCAUGGCCAGGUGCUGUACACGGCCUCGCACGACGGCGCGCUGCGCCUCUGGGACGUGCGCGGGCUCCCCCGCGCCCCGCCGCGGCGCCCGGGGCCCCAGCGCAGCCUCUCGCGCCUCUUCAGCAACAAGGUGGGCUGCGCCGCUGGCCCCCUGCAGCCGGCCUGAGCCCGCCCACACCCGCCCACGGCCCCAGCUGGGGACCCGCGGAGUGAGCGCGCCCGCCCCCUG